AUGUCUGAAAAGGUCCCCGUCCUCACUUCCAACGCCCCCAAGCCCCUCCCCGGCAUCUACAGCCAGGCCAUCAAGGCCAACGGCCUCGUCUUUGUCUCUGGCGCCGUGCCCAUGGACCCCGUCACCAUGGAGCUGAUUCCCGGUGACAUCCAGGCUCACACCCACCAAUGCAUCAAGAACCUGUCUGCCAUUCUCGAAGCCGCCGGCACGACGCUCGACAAGGUCGUCAAGGUCAACGUCUUCCUGUCCGACAUGGCCGACUUUGCCAAGAUGAACGAGGUCUACAGCACCUACUGGGGCGAUGUCAAGCCCUGCCGAACAUGCGUCGCCGUCAAGACUCUGCCCCUGAACACCGACGUCGAGAUUGAGUGCACUGCUCUUCUGUAA